AUGCCCGUCUACCCCCGCUUCUCUCAUCCACGACCCACCGACACGGUGAUCUCGCGCUUACUGCAGCUCUUGGCUUCCGUCCUUCGCUUGCCUCUGGUGGCUGGCACGCAAGAUUUGGGUAACUGCUUGCCCAAGACUUGCGGCGAGGCUGCUGCGGUCGGCACAUUAUUCAGCGCGUCUCGGAUGGAGUUUGAAAAAAGAAUGCAAGAAAAUUGUGCUACAUGCGGGGCUCGCGGCAGAACCAGUUGCUGUGACUGGCAUCUUUUUAGGACUGGCCAGUCGUAUAAUCUUCACGCCAAGCCCGCCUACCCCCGCUUCUCUCAUCCACGAUCCACUGAUAUCAUGAUCCCGCUCUUACUGCUGUUCUUGGCUUCCUUCCUUCGAUUGCCUCCGUUGGUUAGCGCACAAGAUUUGGCUACCUGCUCACCCAAGACUUGCGGCGACCUGACCGUGGCCUACCCGUUCUGGCUGGAGGAAGAAGGUCAGCAGCCGUGCGGGUCCCCGUCCUUCCAGCUCAACUGCAACGGCAGCCAAGCUCUUCUCAGUCGAUCCAUGUUCGGGGCCUACCAGGUCCUUCAAAUCUUCGCCGAGAACUCAUCCUUCGUCGCCGUCGACAACAACCUCCCGCUCGACGACGGCUGUCCCCCGUGGUGGUUCAACAUCUCGCUGGGUCUCGGGUUGAGUCCGUUCGUCAUCAGCAACAAGAACAGGGAGCUGCUCGUCCUCGACAACUGCACCAAGGAGGCGACGCCGCCGGGGUUCAGCCGCACGGGUUGCGCCGACGAGUCCUUCUACCGCCUUGGUGGGGUGUAUGGCGACCACCAGCGUGAACAAAGCAGGCUCCCUCCAUCGUGUCGUGUCGCAGUGGUGCCGGUCCUUGGUUUCGCUGAUGGCAGCACCUAUGUCCCCAUCAUGAGAAAGGGGUUUCUUCUCGAGUGGACGGUGGCGUCAGGCGAUUGCUCCAAGUGUGUGGCUAGCGGCGGCCGGUGCUCUUAUGGCAAUGAUGGCACCGGGUUUUCCUGCCAUUGCUCCGACGGCGUGCGACGGAUAGAGUGCGGUGAGUUCGGCGACUCAACUCUGCACCCUAGUUAAUUCUUUCUUCUUUUAGAUGAACGAAAGAGUAAUUUCUAGGACGAAAUAGGCAUCAGUUUAAUUAACACACCGACGAAGCCCUCGUUUGGUUCUUCGGCGACCCAUCGUCAUUGCAGUAUCUUUU